CUCCGCAGCACCUCCAACUCUGCCUGAAGAGGGCGGCACCCAGGCCCACUCCAGGUUUCGAGGACUUCGGGAAGUGGGACAAAUGCAUUGCUAUUGUGUUCACUUGGAUCCAAAACAACAGUCUCCCCCCUCCCGUGCCAGCUCGAGUAGUUUGUGGACAUCACCCGACUUGCAGUUCUUUUCUGCAUAAUCUUCAUCAGCGUGCAGGAAGCGAUUUUGAGUCAAGACGACUUUAUUUAUGAACCUUUGAAAGGAUCGUCUAACGUAAUGGACCUUGUAGGAGCAAUUUAUGUACUGUAAUUUUAUUUUAAUGUAUUUUGGUUUAUGAUUAUUUAUUAGUUUUUUUAUGCCUAUUCUAAGACAUUUCUGAAUGUAGGCCACCUCCCCUUACCUCCGCCCCCCCCCCAUGAAACUUUAUUUUUAAAAACCUAUUUCCUGGUAAGCCCUAAUCUUGGAAAAGAAAAAGGGUGGUGGAGGGGGGCGAACACUAAAAAUUGACUCCUUAUCCUUAGGGCGUUCUUAGAAAGUUGACUCUUUCAUUGUAUUUGAAGAGGUUGAAAUUAAAUUCUGACAUUACUUUUA